AUGCAUGGAGUGAAACAGAAAUGGACAAGACACUGCGUACACCUGUCAGUCGAUCCGCUUGGUCAUCUUGCAGAAUCGACAAAGGAAGAUAUCAUGACAUUUUUGGAGUGGAUGCUCGACUCGCAUCGAAGGAUUCGCAAGAGAAGCACCGUGCAUGCCUACAAAAGAAUUCUUUUUCAAGUGUACCGGAAGUCUGUGGGAGUUGAUUUCAGCAAGCAGGCGAACGAAGAGAUCAAUGACUAUAUCAACGGGUAUCUAACUAUUCGUUACAAGCUCGACACGUCGGUGAACGAGAAGCCCGUCAUGGAUGUUGACGACGUGUAUCUUGUGCAGCAUCAUCAUUGGGUCCAUGACACUUCAGUCUUCCCUGAUGAGCGCCAGCGCAUACAGUUAGCCUUCCUGAUUUUGCUUCAAGCGUAUACAGCCACACGUCCCAGAGUACUCGCAUAUAAGCGACUCGACACGAACGCCGUCAACGACCACUACUUCGGCUGUGAAGAUGAAGCGACUCAGGUGGACUAUGCGGAUGAAUUUGACCCAAAAGAGGAUGAUUUCAAGACAAUUUGCUACAGGGACGUCCAGCUGCUCCUCCUCAAAAACCCAGACGGAGGAAGAGAUCUUCCAGCUAUGGAGGUGACGCUUAGGUUCACAAAAGGCUGGGAGCGAAGAGAAAACCCCAAAACCUUCAUCUUCUACGAGGUCGACGACUUGUUAUUUGAUGCCGUGCUUCAUCUUUUAGCCCUUGCACUUCUCGACCAAGCAUUCGAAGCGAACAUCCAGAAAGUGGACGACUUCUAUCGAAUCAGAGUCCCAUCCCCACGGCAUUCUUUGGAGUUUCUCCGCACGUCUAACACCGAGGCGCUCCGUUACCAUACCUACCUCUACUAUUUGCAAAGACUAGGACUCGUAACAGGCUUCAUGCAGAUCCUGAAUCCAUACUGCAUACGCCGAGGUUCGGGAGAAGCGGUUGAAACACAGCUGCAGCAAGUCAUGUGCCACAUCAACGCGGCGACUUACCAAGCCUACAUCAACCAGAGAGUUCAGUGCGACACGGUGGCAGCGUUCCUGGGACGCCCCUCAAAUAAGGCAUUGUUGAAAGCGGCCGGCCACAUGAGCCGGCAUGCUGAUCCCAGGGCACCAACCGACGCCAGUGCCAUCGAGCUGAGGAAGAUUAAGACGAAUCCCACGCUUGUCAGUCUCAUCGGUCUUCGCGAUUCUCUCACUUGGAAGAAAGAAGACUUUUAG